CGAUUGCUCGGAAUAAACUAUGUCAUCGUCGCUAUGAGUCAUGCAUUACUGAUUUUCCAUAAUUAUACACCAAAAUUUUAUUGUCAGGCGAAAGAUUCAUCGCAUAAGACUUAUGGCUGCCAAGAGACCGCAAAUUUGUCGAUUGUUGCCAAUCUAACUUCCGUGUUGCCAGAAGUGCCGGUCCUUGCGGCUUGUUCCGGCGAAUAUCGCUUCGUGACGGAGUUUGCGGAGAACAGCGUCGUCACCGAAUGGGGUUUAAUAUGCGAGAGACGGUAUUUGUCUUUCCUCGGUCCGACUGUUUAUUAUACCGGAGUUCUUUUGGGUGCGUGGAUAACCGGAUUUUUGGCCGAUUGUAUCGGCAGACUUCCGGUCCAAGCGAUAUGUCUUUACGCGCAAGGCACGAUGGCGGUAGCACUCUACAUGGUACAGAGUUAUCCCGCGUUUCUGGUGCUGCGUGGACUUCAAGGGAUAUUCGUUCAGGGUUUGCAGAAUUCCACGUAUAUUCUCUCUCUGGAGCUAUUCCCAGUGCGAUUUCGCACUCUCGUCGCAUUGAUUAUGCAGAUCUCCUGGUCAAUCGGUCUCGUACUGCUCGCGAUGCUCAGUUAUAUGAUUCCCGAUUGGCGAAUUUUACAGUUGGCCGUUUCCGUGCCCACCGCGAUCACUGUGUUGUAUAUUUGGAUUAUACCAGAAUCGCCAAGAUGGCUAUUAGCUAAAGGAAAAUUGACAGAGGCCGAUAUAGCUUUUGAAAGAAUCGCAAAGUAUAACAGCUGCUGUAUCAGAUCGCGAACGGAGAAUAUCUUUUUGCAAGAAGCAUGCGUGAAAAGUAAUGCAACACCGAUAAAACCAGAAAGGAAGUCGCGCGUCACCAGCGUUGAACUAAAGAAAGCGAAGGCGGAUGAAAAUCAACGGGAAGAAGCUACGAGCUUGUUGAACCGCUCAGAGCCAACUGAACGAAAAGUUAUAGAAAGAACUUCGAAAACCAAUUCGGUAAACUUGGAAAACACUUUUUUUACCCUGGAUUUACAUCGAGAAACGCCAAGUUCCGCGAAAAAUUUCGACGAGAAAAAUUUGCCUUCCAGUUCGAUUUGCGAUCGAAACUCGAGAACAAUUUCUCAAUCAAGUGAUCAGAAAGAAGUUUCCCUAAAAGAUACAGAGGUAGUAUUGCGUAGAAUAAAGAAAGAAAACAUGAACGAAAAUGAACAAAAGACGGAAAAUAAGAAGAAGCAGACGAACAAGAUGAGCUCAAUAUUAAAGAACAUGUCGGAAUCAUUGACGUUAAGAAAACACGGAGUUAUAAUGAUUUGUCAAUGGUGGACAUCUGCGAUGGCAUGCAGCAUACUUGACGAUUUGACGCCAAAUUUUCCGGUUAAUAGGCAUAUAACAUUUGCUGUGGGAGGAGUUCUCGAGAUAGCAACGUACACAUUUAUAUAUUUUGUAGUAUCUAAAUAUGGUAGACGGCUGUCUAUGUGCAUAUACCAGUCCUUCAAUGGUGCCGUGUGUAUUCUAAUUGCAAUCUUUCUCAUUUUAAAAACUACCACUACACCGUGGAUCGAUCUUGCGAAAACGAUAAUGUUGCUAUUUGGCAAAAUGACUGUCACGGGUACCAUAUCUAUUGCUUACUUGUAUACCGUUGAAACAUUCCCAACAGUGAUACGAGGUAGUUGCUUAGGUUUAUGCGUGGUAUUCGCAAAACUCGGCAAUCUAAGCAUCCUACAUUCGCUGCUGUCGGAACAACAUAUGCCACUUCCAGUACCGUUAUUGGCUGUUGGCAUAUUGUGCCUCAUCGGCGGACUUUUGGUUCUGAUUUUACCCGAGACUCUCGACAGAAUUUUACCAGACCGAAUAACGAGUGUGGAGGAUAUAAUCGAUGAUAGCAAUUGCAAGAAAGAUAGCGUUAAUAUAGAAAAUGAUACAGAAAACAAUUUGACAGAUAAACAAAUUCUAAGGGAGAAACUCUUUUCAGAGGACUGGGUAGAUGCUGGCAAUGGAAUUCUGGUGAAUUUCACGGAAAAUAAAAAUAUCGAAUAAUCUAUAAAAUAAUUUUGUGUAUAAAGUAUGUUCAUUUUUACUAAAUAAAUAUCAUCCGCAUA